CCGGAAGUGACGCAAGGCCAUGGGGGAAGUGGAAAUGACGGCAGCACGCCGGAAGUUUACCCGUUUCCAAGGCAACGGCUCCACCACCCCUCCAACAGGUUGGCUGGAGUCGAGACGCUGGAAAGCAACUCCGAGGAGAGGGUACCAGCCCACGGCGGCCGCCGCCAGAACGACUCGCGAGGAGUAGUAACCGAAGACGGCGGCCGCCUCAGUAGCCAUCGCGUGUGGAGGAUCAACGGCCGACACGGCCAACGCGGAGGCCAGUUAAGAGAAAGAGUUAGCGAAGACCAGGACUUUAGUCCCAGCGAAGACUGGGAAAGAAUCCGUGAAGACGGCGGCCAUCUCUGUCGGGGCUCUACAGGAAGACUAAGUGAAGACCUCGGUUUCUCCCGCAGUGACUCGAGAAGAGUCCAUGAAGACCUGGGCAGUGUCUCUCGCGAGAGACUUACGGGAGAUGGUGGCCGCCGUCACAGCAGCUCCUGGGAGAGAGUAAGGGGAGCCCAAGGCUUCAGCAGCAGCGACGUGAAUUUAAGUGAGGUCGGCAGCCACCGAACUAGUGACUGUGAGGGACUGGUCGGAGAAGACCGCGGCCUCUGCUUUAGUGAUUCUUGGGAGGGUGUCAGAGAAGUCCCGGGCCCCCAACCCGGCGACUCCGGGGAGAGAGGCAGUGACUACUGCAGACGCCGCCUCAGUGGCUCUUGGGAGGAAGGGAGUGUCGAUGGCGGCCACAGCCUCAGUAAUUCCUGGGAGGGAGUAAGUGAAGACCGCGGCUACGCGGCCAGCGACUCCUCCGAGGUGAGCGUGAGCGUAGAUGCCAGCCGCUGCCUCCGUGGCGUCUGGGAGAGAGAAAGUAUAGACGAGGGUUUCCGCUGCCGGAGCUCUUGGGAGAAAACCAGGGAGGACCGGGUCCCCGGUCUUAGCGACGACGAAGGCAGCCACUGCAGUGGCUCGUGGGUGACAGCAAGUGAAGAUCGCCGCAGCAGCGGGGGCCUGGACUCGAGUCCUCCCCGGAGUCCGAGGGAUCGCACCAUGCCAGGGGUGUCCGAUUCAGGCCCCUCCACCUCCUCUAGGGAGACUGCAACCCCGUGUGCCCGGAAGAAGGUGCAUUUUGGUAACAUACAUGAUGCAGUACGGGCUGGAGAUGUAAAGCAGCUUUCAGAUAUAAUAGAACGAGGAGUCUGCAUUAAUGAAGUUGACAUUCUCCAUAAGUUUAGCCCUUUACAUUGGGCAGCACAUUCUGGAAGUUUGGAGGCUCUCAUAAUCAACGGGGCAAAUCUGGCAGCUCAAGAUGAUCGUGGAUGCACUCCUUUACACCUUGCUGCAACACAUGGACAUUCUUUCACUUUACAAAUAAUGCUCCGAAGUGGAGUGGAUCCCGGUGUGACUGAUAAGAGAGAAUGGAAGCCUGUGCACUAUGCAGCUUUUCAUGGGCGACUUGGCUGUUUGCAGCUUCUCAUUAAAUGGGGUUGUGGAAUAGAAGAUGUGGACUACAAUGGAAACCUUCCAGUUCACCUAGCAGCCAUGGAGGGUCACCUUCACUGCUUUAAAUUCCUACUCAGUAGAAUGAACAGUACAACACAAGCUUUAAAAGCCUUCAAUGAUAAUGGAGAAAAUGUAUUGGAUCUGGCCCAGAGGUUCUUUAAGCAGAAUAUUUUGCAGUUUAUCCAGGGAGCUGAGUAUGAAGGAAGUGAUCCAAAAGAUCAGGAAACCUUAGCAUUUCCAGGUCAUGUGGCUGCCUUUAAGGGUGAUUUGGAAAUGCUUAAGAAAUUAAUAGAAGAUGGAGUAAUCAAUAUUAAUGAACGUGAUAAUAAUGGAUCAACUCCUUUGCAUAAAGCUGCUGGGCAAGGCCACAUAGAGUGUUUGCAGUGGAUAAUUAAAAUGGGAGCAGACAGUAAUAUUACCAACAAAGCAGGGGAGAAACCCAGCGAUGUGGCUAAGAGGUUUGCCCAUUUAGCAGCUGUAAAGCUACUAGAGGGGCUACAGAAAUAUGACAUAGAUGAUGAGAAUGAAAUUGAUGAAAAUGAUAUAAAGUUUUUUUUAAGACAUGGUGUUGAGGGAAGCACUGAUGCCAAGGAUGAUUUAUGUCUCAGUGAGUCGGAUAAGACAGAUGCCAGAAUGAGAGCUUAUAAGAAAAUUGUUGAAUUGAGACACAUGCUGGAAAUUGCUGAGAGCAACUAUAAACACCUGGGGGGGAUAACAGAAGAAGAUCUAAAGCAGAAGAAAGAACAGCUUGAGUCUGAAAAGACUAUCAAGGAGCUGCAGGGCCAGCUGGAGUACGAACGGCUUCGUAGAGAAAAAUUAGAAGGUCAGCUGGAUGAGUAUCGUGCAGAGGUGGAUCAACUCAGGGAGACACUGGAAAGGAUUCAGGUCCCCAACUUUGCUGUGGAAGAUGACUCUUCUUGUGAGUCAAGCAAAGAGAAGAGGCGAAUUAAGAAAAAGGUGUCUUCUGGGGGAGUUUUUGUGAGAAGCUGUAAAAUAAGGAUAAUACCACCCACCUAAGAGGACUGCUUUGAAAAAAAAAAAAAGGUGAGUUGCUAUAUAUUAUUUAGCAUAGUCCCCCUUGUAUAGGCAGUGGUAGCUAUUAUUCAACAAAACAACAAUCACUAAGUUCAGCAUUGGUGACCAUUGCUGUUUCCACUGCCUCAUUUUUUUUCUUCAUAUUAAAAAAAUACUGCAUACUUUUAAAUAUUCAUGUAUCAAAAUUCUUAAAGAUUGACGAAAUGGGAAUUAUAAACUUUGUUUUUCAAAUACGGUGAAGGGUUUUUAUUGACCCUAGACUAGUCCUUAUAUAACCCUGCUUGGUCUACUUAGUCACCAAAUAGAAGUUUACUGAAUUUAAGUGACUCAUAAAAAACAAACAAAACCCCAAAAAACCCUCUUCAUUUUAUGUAAAUUUAAGAUGGGUUCCUAAGAAGCAGGGAUAAACUGGUUUUUGUGAAUCAAAAAAAAUGAAGUAUAUGUAAUAAUCAGAGCCCAAGACAUAGCAACUUGAAGAUUUCAUACCAAGUGUCCUACAGUUGCACUAGGGCACACAUUAUUUUAAAGUUCAAUGUUUUAAUUCACUACCAAGAAACCCAAUCUCCAUAUAUGGUAAGUUGCCUUUAAAAUCCAAACAACUUUGUUAAAACGAGAUUUUAUUUUCUAUGAAAAGGUAACUCUGCAGUAGUUACCAGGGAAGCUGAAUACAAUUACAAGUAUGUAAGCUUGGGAAUAGUUUUUAAAUUUGCAGCAGACAUUACGAAAUACAUUUGUUCAAGCAAACACAAGAAAACUCUGGAUUGGUUUCUAUGAACUAUGAAAAGGAUAAAGACAAAAAGCCUCUAUCUCAAAUCAAUCAGGUUUGAAUGACAGCUUUUCAACAUAAUAAAGACACACACAAAACACAAACUCAAAGCACAUCUUCCCAUUUAAAAAUAUUUUUUAGUCCAUAUGUACUCUGAAUAACCUUGUAUUGAGUAUCUGCCACAACUUCCAUGUUCAGAAUAAAUGUAUCCUGGCAUAGUGUUCUAAGUCCACAGCAGCAUAAUAUAGUAGUUUCUCUACUAUUUCCAGAUUCUGUAAAAUCCCAAUGCUAUUGCCAGGCAAGUAAACACUGAGGCUGUGAAAAGAAGAUACCAUUUUAUGGGUCACACAUUUGAUAUUAUUUUGCAGAGACAGACACAAUAAUGUCAUCUUCAAAUUAAAUGAAGAGCAAAAAACAAAGGAAGUCCAACCAAUUUUCUACCUUAGGUGUUUUAUUCCCAGAAAAUUACGCUAAGGAUAAAGUAUAUCCUUUAGGGCAGGAUAAAUACCAGUUCUUAAAGGCUUCCUGUAUUUUAAACCAGAACAAGGAUGACAGUUUACAAAUUAUGUCAGUUAGAAUCUAUAAACAGUGCUUCAAGUCAUUAACAUUAGUAUUAACAAUGACUACUUUAAAUGAUUAUGCAAUCUAAUUUUAGAUCUUAUUAAGUGGGAAAACCUUCUUACCAGAAUUAAAAAAUGAUGUAAUAAAAUGGACGGACAUCCAUAUCAUCCAUGAGAAGAAAACUUUGUCUUUUCAGUACAUUUAAAAACAAUUUCAUGAUUAUAAACAAAGAUCCUCUAAAAAAAUCACAGGUAGAAGAAAAGGCUUUUAAAGUAGUUAAUGUGCCACCUACUCUUUGCUAGAUUCUGGACAGAAAACAUUUUUGUUCUCCUUUAAGAAAUUAAAUCUGGUGAGGCUUUCAGGGACUUCCUAGUUUCUAGUUUGUUUAAAUAGCCUUGACUUUUAAAAUAGAGACCCAGAACUGAAUGGCAAACUUUUAUGACUAAAGAUUCAAGAAACAGCCUUUCAUAGUAAAGCUACUGUAAUUUAAACAUAUAACUCUACACAUUAUCCCAUUUGAUCCUAAUAACUAAUUGAAAUUUGGUUAAUGACAAGGUCAUUUCCUUAAUUUUUUUUCAUUUCCUUAAUUUUAAGAAAUGGGAUUAGGCCUAAGACACACAGGGAGGCUGGAUAUUUGAGGAAAGAGUAACCUUUAAGUUUCUUGUCAAUUAUACAUUCUGGUCAAUUAUACAUUCAUCCAUUGGAUCCUAUACUCUGUACCAUGUUCCACAGCAGUGUGCUGAACAAUUAUAUACAUUACCUUAUUUAACCACAAUUAAAACCAUAUAAGAUUGGUGAUAUUAUCCCAUUGCAGAGAUAAGGCAACCGGCCCAAAGUUAUAAAUUGCUGGCAAGUGGUGGAACAAGGACUCAAUAUUAUGUGUACUUGAGUCCAGAGUUACUGUUUAAAAACCAUUCUGUUCAUCUUACUCACCUCUUGCCACUUGAGGGAUUCAAUCUAAUCUGUCAUUUCUUGAAGGCACAUAGUGCUGUGUAGGUGAUUAUACUCUCUGCUAACCUGUCAAGCAGCUGGUGAAUUUUCUUAGACUACCAAAUGAACACUUAAAUUAUUGAGGAAGGAGGCAUUUCAUUCCUUUUUAGAAUAUACAACACAAUGGUUACUGUAUUGGAGUUUCUAUUGUGAGUGGUUACUAUGUCUCACUGGUGUUAUUUCGCCACCCAAAUUGCUUUCACCUUUGCUAUUUAUCUUCUGUAGCCUGUGAAGGACACAUCCCUACACAGGAUGCUCAGGUGAGUGUGUAUCUGGUACCUCUUAAGUACUCUGUAAUGUUAGAUUGUCUUCUUACUUGUCUGUUUAGAACAGAAUCUGCUGCAUUAACUAUAUCUAUCACCUGGAGUGGCCAUUAUCUUAGAGCUCUUCUCUCCUUGGCAACAGUGAUCUGGGUCAAAGGGUGGUGUCUGACUCAAAAAUGGGCCAUUCAGACACCUUCCCAGGGCUGUUCUGAAUUGGAAAUAAGGAAAGGGGUAAUUUUUCUUGGUUGGUGAAACUCGAAUGAUAGGAAUCUGGAAGCUACAAGUAGCCAUGUUUCCAGUGGAGUUGGAGAAAGAUGGCAUAAGAGAAUGAGGCAGAUACUCAGAGACAAGAUACAGAGUAAACUGUGAUUCCAAUUAUCCCUGAGGUCAAGCUAUACCUGUGCCCUUCCAUAAUUCAAUAUGUAAACUAACACAUUUUCUUUUUAUGCCUAAGCUAGUUCAAGUUGGAUGUAUGAUCACUGAAAGUAAGAGUCUUGUAUGUAUGAUAAUGCUGGGAAACCAAAUAACCAAACUGAUUACAAUUUAUAAUUUUUUAAGGGUUUCUUCUCUGAGGAAAUCCAAGAUCUUGAAUGCUGGGGCUUUAUUAGUAUCUUUUUUCAUUUUCUCCCCCUCUGCUCUUGAUUAAAUUCAGUAUGUGAAUAAGUGAAAUAUUAUUGUUUUAUUGGCAACAUCUCAGGUAUUCUACACGCAGUGGAUCCACUCAUGAUGUUACACCUUUCCACGAAGAGUAUGGAAUUUUAAUUUCCUAAAAGGCUUAACAAUAACAGCAGCAAUAACAGAUUUGAAGGAUAAGGUAGAAGAAAGAAAAUGCCUUCAGAAUGGCUGGUUGCAAAUCCUCAGUGAAAAAAGGAAAGGAAGGUCACUCAGAAAAAGUAUUUUGUAAACAAUGACAUGUUUCUUUUGUCACUGCCACUAAGUCUAUUCAAGUCUGCCUUACAUUCAGCCACUACUGAAAGGAAGCUUUCUGGAGAUCACCACCAUCUUCAAACCGAGGGUAAAAGGGACUUUAACUAAGAUACCUAUCUAGGUAAACGAAGCUGAGUAGAAUCGGAAGCUCCUCCUAACCUAGGCUGCUCUGAGAUCUAUUCUGAGAGUGGGAAUGAACACUGCAAACUGGGCAAUUAUGUAAUUUCCCCUGAGCAUCAGCAGUGAACUGAAGAUCUCUAGUUAGAGACUUUGCUAGUUGUUUUCAAAACUUACUUUAGCCUUAGAAUUUUUCAAAUAAAUCUUCAACAGAAGCUAAGUAUUUUAAAAAGAGAAAAUAUUUUAAAAGAUUCAAGGUGAAGAAAGGAAAGGAGGUAUGUAUCAGCUGAGGGCUGGGGGCUUCACCUUCACUCAUAGAGGCUGCCCAGAAAAACCACUGAUGGUAUAAAUCAGCAGUUUUAUUUUGGACAACAAUUCAGUAAUAUAAGCCAUUUUAAAUGUGCAUAUCUUUUGGACCCCCAAUUUUAGAUGGUCCUAAACAAUUAUAUAGAACUACUAGCAUAAGGGCAGAAAGAUAUGUGUGUGUGUGCGCGCACAUGCGUGUCUCACACACAUGGCUGUUGGGUACAAUAUCAUUUAUAAUAAUGAGAAAUUGGGAGCAGAAUGUUUGCCAACAGAGGUCUGGAGAAAUAAAUUAUGGCAUUUUCAUAUAAUGGAAUACUUUCUAGUAAAAACAUACAUAUGUAUUGAUAUGUAAAGAUACUCAAAACAUUUGGUUAAAUUUGAAAAAGCUGUAGUCUGUACAAUACAAUCUAGUUAUUUUUAAUAAUCCGCAAUAUUUAUAUACAGAAGAAAAAGCCUAGAAAGAGAUAUACUCUAAUAGUAAAACACAUUACUUUUUUUUUUUUAAAGAUUUUAUUUAUUUAUUUGACAGAGAGAGACAUAGCGAGAGCAGGAACACAAGCAGGGGGAGUGGGAGAGGGAGAAGCCAGCUUCCCACUGAGCAGGGAGCCCCAUGUGGGGCUCCAUCCCAGGACCCCGGGAUCAUGACCUGAGCCGAAGGCAGACGCUUAACGACUGAGCCACCCAGGCGCCCAACACAUUACUUCUUAUAAAAAGAAAGAGAAAAGUACUACAAAAGUAGGGCACUCUUCUCAUUCCUUUGGGCCCUGUGUCAGUCACAUGGUACUUGAGGAGCUCAGUAUGUGACAAUCUAAUUUUUGGGUCUCUAAUAUUUGUACUCAGCUGGAUUCAAAGUAUAGGGUAAUUUUCCCCCUAUGCUUGCUAUGGUUUUUGCCUCUGUUUUAGUGAUCUUUCUCUGUAAGUCCACUCUGUAAG